UCGAAGGUCAGAGACAUGGAGGGUGGCAGCCGCAAGGCGGAGUCCCUGGGGCGCGCCGUGUGCGUGCUGACCGGGGCCUCCCGCGGCUUCGGCCGGGCGCUGGCACCGCUCUUGGCCUCUCUGCUCUCGCCCGGCUCCGUGCUGGUCCUAACCGCCCGCAACGACGAGGCGCUGCGGCAGCUGGAGGCGGAGUUGGGCGCCGGGCGGCCUGGCCUGCGCGUGGUCCGGGCGCCCGCCGACCUGGGCACCGAGGCCGGCCUGCAGCAUCUGCUCGGUGCCCUACGCGAGCUGCCCAAGCCUGAGGGACUGCAGCGGCUGCUGCUCAUCAACAACGCAGCCACUCUUGGGGAUGUGUCCAAAAGCUUCGUGGACCUGGCUGACCCCGCUGAAGUGAACAACUACUGGGCUCUGAACUUGACCUCCACGCUCUGCCUGACCUCCAGCAUCCUGAAAGCCUUCCCCCAGAGUCCUGGCCUCAGCAGGACGGUGGUUAACAUCUCAUCCAUCUGUGCACUGCAGCCCUUCAAGGGCUGGGCACUGUACUGUGCAGGGAAGGCCGCCCGUAACAUGAUGUUCCAGGUCCUGGCGGCGGAGGAACCUACUGUGAGGGUGCUGAGCUAUGCCCCAGGUCCCCUGGACACAGACAUGCAACAGUUGGCCCGGGAGACCUCCGUGGACCCAGAGUUACGACAGAGUCUGCAGGCGCUGAAGACAAAGGGGCAGCUGGUAGACUGUGGAAUGUCGGCCCAGAAACUGCUGAGCUUGCUGCAAAAGGACACAUUUAAGUCCGGAGACCAUAUUGACUUCUACGAUAAAUAAGCCCAUGUCCUUGGCUCCCUGGGCCUUCCUGCCCCACUUGCAGGCAUACCCCAGAAGCCCCAUAGCUCCCCACGUCCUGCCACAGUGCCAUCACCAGCCCUGCCUUACACAGAUAGGCACUCACGCUGUGAGGGCCCCCAUGCUUACUGGGCUUACCAGUCCUCAGGAGUCUGCUCUGUACCCUGGGUUAUGAGAAGGCUUCUGUAGGAGGCUUGGGAGAGAGAAAUUAUGGAUGUUUGUGUUCUCUAUCCCCAGGAAUAGAUUUUAGGCACAGGAAAGGCAGGAAAAGAAGCUGAAACAUGGAAGAGAGGAGGUUGGGUCUCCCACCCAUGGCCAAUCCAGGGGAAGAGGAGAGGGCAACUUUGGGUCAGAAAGGAGGGCCCAUGUAGAUUCACAGGUCACCUGGAGGGGAAGGGAACAGCACAAGUGCCUGCCAUGCAGAUGCCUCUUGCCCAGGUAGCAGACCCUUCUGUUCAACUUUGUGUCCUAUCCUGAUGCCUCCUCCCUCCAGAACCUACCAACCCUCCCCCAGGCUGGGGGAAAGGGCCCUUGAGAGCCUCUUGUGUACUUUCCAAAGGCAGAUACAAAUAAAAUGUGGAGUAUCCUUUGCUGUAAAUCA